AGAAAUAGGAAGUGAAGUGGUAGAACACGUUGACCGCUUCAAUUACUUGGGAAGUACCAUCAGUCCCAACGGGUUGAUCUCAGACGAAAUUUCAGCACGAAUACAGAGGGCUAGGUUCGCAUUCUCCAGUUUUCGCCGUUUCUGGCGUAGACGCGAUAUCCGACUAUCGACCAAAGGGCGUGUGUACUGCUCAACAGUCCGCUCCGUCCUCCUUUAUGGCUGUGAGUCCUGGCCAUUGAGAGCAGAAGACAUGAAAAGAUUAGCUGUCUUCGAUCAUAGGUGUCUGCGUUCUAUCUCCUGUGUGAAGUGGUAUAAUAAGGUGAGCAAUGUUGAGGUUAGGCGUCCAGUGAGUGCUAGGUAAGGCGGGGAAAUCAAUCGACGAAACGGUGAAAUUCCAUCGACUGAGAUGGUUAGGACAUGUGUUACGUAUGCCUAGUCAUCGCCUUCCUCGACUAACGGGCAAUGUUAGCUGAUAUAGGGCCAGACUGGAAAAGAGCUGGAGGCGGUCAAACGAAAACAUGGCACCAGUCAAUGAAAUUCACAACAGUUAGUCUAAGCCACGUAGGAAGAUGUAGACUUCCUGGUUGGGGUCCUCGAGAUGGUAAAAACCAAUGGUUGGAAACAAUUGGCGACAUGGCUCAAAAUCGUUCUCAAUGGUUGGCGCAGAUGCAUCCACUCCUUGUGACUUAUGAUUUCCCAUUAAACUGUUUUGUUCUCCGUUAUUACUAUUCCUUUGUCUCACACCUCUGUUUACUGUCUAUAUUAUGCAUUUCUUCUACUUUCUUCUCUUGCUUUGCAUGCUACAUAGAUUGUGGCGACUUGAACUGCCGCACAUAUGUGCAAAGUUCUAUGUCGAAAACCGACCGACUCAGACAGUCUUAGUUCAUAAGCAAUUUCGUUCUAGAAAGUUUCUGAUGUGCCUCGAUUCGACAUUCCAGUUCGCAUUUGUAUACUAACUGUUUAUCCUAAAACUCGUAAAUUGAUUAGUUAUGUGCGUUCAACUCAGGGCAGUGCUUAAAGUCUCUACUCUUAAAGCUUCAUUCCUAUUUUUUGAUUUAUUUAUUUUAUUUUAUUUCGAUUACAGCUUGAUUCCACACCGUAUUUUCAGUACAAGUAUGGAAUUUUCAGUAUGGAUAUCGGUAGCCCAAAUUUUGCAGGCCGACCAUUGAUAUCAGGUGUGCGUCGGCAGGGGAUCAAACCCCGGAACAUGUGCAUGGUCGGCGAGAGUCCUAACCACUGUGCCGCCGAAUUAUUGUCAGCCCGGUCAAUUUUGACUAGUCAUUUUUUCUUUGUGUAGUUUCAUCUUUGACAAUUCUUUUGAAACUAGUUCAAAUAGUUUUUUUGAUGUUACUGAACUAAUAUUAUUUAUGCACUUUUCAAACAAAUGGGUCUUACACCUACCUUCUAUCGUCGUCGCCUUUACUGUUAUUAUCAUCCUAUCCACUUUCCCCAGGCACCGUUUCCUGGAGUUCCGCUAUAGUCGUACGGAAGGUUCAACUGCCCAACCAACAGCUGUUUUGUUUCCUGGCUCACAACUCUGGGGUCGUGCGUUUGAAGACUCUCCUACUGCUGAUGUGAUUCCUCCAAGCAAACCAUUUCACCAAAUAGCUGUUUACUUCAUCCCAAAUGUUUGGUCCCUCAUGCCUACAGAUGAGGAGUGGCCGUUGAUCAAGACUGCCUACGAAAAUGUUUUGUCUUCCAAAGGAUCUAGCGUAUUCCCAAUGUGUCCUUCCGAUGUGAAAAAGUUUUCUGGCUUAGAAUCGACACACAAGGAAAUCGGUGAUGAAAAAUCAAAGGCGGUCGACGAAAGGAGUUCGAAUCCACAAAAAUUUUUAAUUGAUGACAAUGCAAGUGAAAAUUCCACUAUAUACAAACUAGACGAUAGUUUCAAGUCAAUCUCUCCAACACUGUCCGACGACAUCCUUGCUGCUCGUCCAUUGGCCGAUCCGGACCAAAUAUCAAAGGUUGCAAGUAUCUGCGAAGCUGAGGAUGGCUCGGAAUCACUGGAUCUCAAAAGUCCGACAACUCAAGGAAAUCAGUUUCAAGAGGGCAGCGAAAAGAGUCAUAUGAAGCUACACAAUGAAUUCAAUUUGGCUAACAUGAAGGUAUCUGAACUCCGUGAACAGUUGAAGGCCCGCGAUUUACCUACGGAAGGAGUGAAAGCUCAGUUACUAGCUCGUCUGAAGUUGGCCAUUCAUGAAGAACAAGAGUCCGCUAAGAAGGCUGAAAAAGAGAAGGAAGAACGUGCAAAAGUUUCCCAGGAAGCUGCUCCUGAAAAAUCACUUCAAGUUGGGGACAAACAAACCAAACCUGCUUCGGAAAUAGAAUCUGGAUCAAAAUUGAAAACUGACUUACUCAAACCAGCUUUACGUGAUAUUCCCUCACUAAUAAUAUUACGUAGACGUAAUGUUGACUUUAGUAUACAGUCAGUUGGUCUAGAUGUUGUUAUGGAUUCGAAAUCCAAUUUCAUGGAUAGCAGAUCAUACGAACUCAUGUUUUGCGUCCAUACUAUAUUCGAUAUGUUACGCAGAGAUUCUGUGUUUACUUUGUUCCGCGCCUUGGUCACCGCUGCAGAUAGGGGAAUAUGCGCCAAACCCAGAAAACGCAGUGAACCGGAUUACGCAGCGAAACGCGCACGUUUGGAACGCGGUGAAAGAACCUCAGUAACAAUGGAUGAUGAUUGCAAAGAAGUCCCUCUGUACACAACCGAUCUUCCUCUGCUUUUUGCAUGCACAGUUCUGGAUACAAGUUAUAAAAGUUAUUUUCUUUCAUCAGAAGUAGAGGAUUUCAUUCUAUCUUUGGGUUUGCCAAUGUCUAGGUAUCAGCUAAGGUCUCUUAUAUUUAAAGUCCUUGAUCAUGGUCGUUUUCACUACCGGUCGUUGACAGAUUCCGAGGAACCCCUCUCUCUUACAAACAAGUCAUCUCUAAUAUUUUCUGAUAUUGAUGAUGAUGAAUAUCUUUUAGAACUUGUCCGUGGAGGUGACGCCAUUUUAGAUGAACAGACCGACGCCAUACCUAGUGGAAGUAUUAUUGUGCUUCAGAAGUCAGACAAAGCUGAUUGUUCUAAGAUAUCAAAUCCGGAUGAGUUAUUCCAACAUAUACGAACGUCAGAACAAGAACAACACAAAUUAAUGACCAAAAUACGACUUCAAGAGCAAGAAAUCAGUCGGCUUCGUGCGUCUGUUGCUGACUUCACAAAUCUUAAGGAGAAAUUAUCGAAAACUGUUUCAAUUUUGGAAGAAUCUCGACGGCGUUACAGAGAUGAAAGAGAUAGGGUGGAUAGCAUGGCUCGUGUAUUAGACCAACAGGCGUCUGUCCUUGAUGCCUGCCGCUCAGCUCUUCGUCAAGCCUCUAGUCGUGCUCAUAGUCGUCACUCCACUAGUGAGUCAUGCAAACAAUCGUCAAAGCGUUCAUUGUCUCCUUGUUCGACAACAAGUAACAAAGACUCUGUGAAAUCUCCCAAGAAAACCAGAACUUCAGAAUCAUCUAUACCUGAAAGGGAUGUCACUCUUAGCUGUCGUGAUAGUGAUACUGCUAAUUAUGGUGAAGUAGAGUCUGGAAAUGGUGCGGCUAUGUCUGAAUUAUCGACAAAUCUCGAUUCACAUGUUAAGGAAGAUUUGGUUAAUGGAGUGAAAAACGAACUGGAGACGAUUACUGAUGGCGACGACCGGAAAGCUGCUGAAAUUCUAGAUAGUCAGUUAGUGUCAGAAAUCAAGCAAACCGAACCUUCUAUCACGGUUUGAAAUAAUGGACAUAAAGUUCCGGCUGAUGAUUCAUUUUUCUCCUGGUUUUAUGAAAUGGAGUCGUCUCAAUGAAUUUGUUUUGAUAUUACCCAUUAAUUAAAAUAAAAGUCCGUCUCGC